AUGCUGGACUACCAGGCCGAAGCAGACAGCAGCAGCAGCAGCAGCAGCAGCAGCAGCAGCAGCAGCCAGCAGCAGCAGCAGCAGAAGCUGCCCGUGCUCGCCCAGGCGAUGCCCCUAGGCCCGCAGCAACAAACGCAGCAGGAAACGCAGGGGCUGCAGCAGCAGCAACAGCAUUUGCUGCAGCAGCAGCAGCAGCAGCAGCAAAGGCAAGAGACAGCUGCUGCCAAACACGCAGCAGGAGAGGAGGCCCUUAUGUCCGGGGGGCCCCACGGCGAGCUGCUGCGCGACUGCAGCCGCCCGCAAGACGCCGCGGGAAAGCUGCAGCAGAAGCUGCUGCUGCCAGCAGCAGCAGCAGCAGCAGCAACAGCAGCAGCAGGAAACACAGAUGAGUUCAUUGACCAAAUCAGCGCAGAACUCUCGCAGCUGCAAAGCAGACUGCCUCUAGGGGGGGCCCCCCAGUCUGAAGCUCCCCUACCCACUCAUCUACUAAGAGAUCAAAACUAA